GUAGCCUUUAGGGAAAGCCAUUUCGGCAUCUGGCAACAUUAAGCGUUUCGUCAGGAAAAGUGCACAAAAACCGCUGUUUUUUGGUGCAGUUUGUGGAGCCGUUUGCUGAAAACUUGUGGCGCGAACUGCGACGCAAAUAAGCAAGUUUACGAGACAAUUAGUGGAGCUAUUGAAGCCAAAUCAAGCGUAAAACCGAAGGACAUGUCUAACUCCGAAAAGAUGCAAGGUCAGGAGCACGACGAUGAGCAGUCCUCCGACAUCGAGGAGUCCGGCGAUAAUGUAGGUCGCGAUGAGGGAACUGACGAAGACGAUGACAGCAACGGCAACAUGCAGCAGGAGGAUGGCGAUAACAAUGGCCAUGGCGUCCAGAAUGGCCAGGAACAGUCCGGCGAUGAGGGCCCGGGCAAUGGCCAGGGCAGCGAGUGCAACAACUCCGGGCAGCAGCAGCAACAGCAGCAGCAGAUGGAUCGCACCAGCGCCACCAACCUUAUCAUCAACUAUUUGCCGCAGGACAUGACUGACCGCGAGUUAUAUAAUCUUUUUAGUGGCUGUGGACCCAUCAACACCUGCAAGAUCAUGCGCGACUUCAAGACCGGAUAUAGCUUCGGCUACGGCUUCGUGGACUACAAAACGGAGUCGGACUCGGAGGACGCCAUCCAAAAGCUGAAUGGCUUCUAUGUGCGCAACAAGCGCUUAAAGGUCUCCUACGCCCGACCUGGCGGACAGUCCAUUAAGGAUACCAACCUGUACGUAAUCAACUUAUCGCGUAACAUCAAUGACGAUAUGCUGGACCGCAUCUUCUCGCCCUUCGGCCUGAUUGUUCAGCGCAACAUUCUCCGGGACAAGCUCACAGGACGCCCGCGCGGCGUCGCAUUUGUGCGGUACAACAAACGUGAGGAAGCUCAGGAGGCGAUCAAGGUCCUGAACAACACAGUGCCGGAGGGCGGUUCCCAGCCAAUCUGGGUUCGCCUGGCCGAGGAGCAUGGCAAGGCGAAGGCAGCACAGUUUAUGUCCCAGAUCGGAGGUGGCAACGGUGGUGGAGGCCCGCCACACAUGGGUCCCGGCGGACCGAUGCAGCCGCAUCACCACAAUAACCACCAUCACAACAACCACCACAAUCCGCAUAUGCCGCCGCAUCACCAUCAGCAACAGCAUCCACACCAGCAUCCGCACCACCACCCGCCGCUGCAUCACAUGCAGCACCAUCCCAACAACCACAACAACAAUCACCACAACAAUCAUCAUCAUAACAACAACAAUAACCAUCACCACAACUUGGGAGGUCCGCACCCACACCAUAUGCAGCAGAUGCACCCGAUGGGCAUGAACAUGGGCAUGGGCGUUAACAUGGGAAUGGGCAUGGGCAUGGGCAUGCCCAUCCACGGAGGCGGCGGUGGUGGUGGCGGCGGCGGCGGUGGAGGCGGUGGUGGCUUCCACCACAUGGCGCACAGAGGUAGAUCAAAUAGAACAACACGAUCUCAAAAACAGCAUCCAUAUAACCAUGCACAGAAAUUUAUUUAAACGCCAUUAAUUUCUUUACACGAUAUUAGCUGCAUCUCUCAGGUGAAGUGUUCAUUCUGCCAUUGCCGAUUUGCAGCCGAUUCCCCAGCCAGCCGCAACCUGUAGGCAAUGGCCGCAACCAGAACAACAUCAAGAGCGUCUGCAGCAGCAGAGCCAGUACGAACCACCACCGACCGUUAGCCACCUGACCAACCAGAUCCCCCGCUCCGACUACCUAGUGCCAAUCUACUUCCCCGUCACCAAUCCAUCAUCCGCCUCCUUCUCCAUACCCUCUUCGUCGGCCGCAAUUACGGCCUGCCCGGCCAUAAUGCCCCAUCCCGUUCCGAUUCCGGUAUCCAACACGGAAGUUUUCGUUGCAACCUAUCCAGAGGCCACGAUGCCUCAAAUUUCAACUCCAGAUCCACCCAUUGCUGUCCCGGUCCUUUUCCCCGUGGAGGAAGUCAAUGGCGAAGUGGCGGCAGUGGAUGGCGGUUGCUUGAGUUUCUAUAACAUAAACGAGGAUCUGGUAAACUCGUUCACCUACUAUGAUUUGGACAACGGCGAGAUGUGUGCCAUGGGGCUGGUUUACGUGAGCUACCAGGAGCCGCGGAUGGCAGAGGAGCAAUUGGAUGCCGCAACUCUGAUUGCCCAGAUGAGCAAUGCAUCGCUGGCAGAUGGAGACGGCGAAUAAGGCGAGGCUAAAGGCAGUUGGAAUGGCCGGCGGACAUGUCGUCCAAAGAGAACGGGCGAGUAGUAACGGCUCCUAACAAUAAAAAAAGAAGAAGAAGAAGCCGAAUCGGAAGGGAGAUGAGGAGAAAAAGCCGAUCCAAAACUUAUAUCCAAUAGUACCCGACUCUCUCGCUCUCUUUAUGUGUAUGUAUGUAUGUUGUACCCCGUAUAUGUAUAUUCAUGUUAGAGAGCCAGGAUCGGUCGAUACCAUACUAUUUCUGUUUAAACCAAAAACCAAUACUGACUGGCCAGGAACAUAGCAAAUCCAAGCAGUGGCAGCAUCGGCAGGCAGGCAUGAGCAGGUCAGAAAGAACACUUUCACUGAUUUUAGGCAAGCAGAGUUGAAGAUGCAUAGCGUGUAAUAAGAUGUAAGAGAAAUAAUGUUCCAAAGUACAUAAGCCCACACAAUCCCCUACCACUCACACGUAAAGACGGUCGGAAUCGAAUCCUUGAUCAACGAUUUGAUAAUUUCGAGAUUAAGAUAAAAGUUAUGCACUGCGAUGCGAAUUUCUAAGCAAAGUAAGCAGCAAUUCCAAUGAAUUUGUAUGAGGAGCAUACAAAACCCCAAACCCAAAACACGCAGCAAUUGAAACGGAGACAAGAACGGAAACAAGGCAGUAUCUUGACCUAAGAUUACGGUGACAUUAAAGGCCAGAAACUGCGAAUCGGACGGCUAUACUAUACUGAUGUACGGAUACGAAUUUUAGACGGACAACGGACAGCUUGCUCUGAAUAGAUGGUUAAUUUGUAGACUUAUAAGGAAAUCACAAUAAGAACAAGGGUUCGUUCGCGGCACUUGCUUUUUACCACAUAAUAAAUAAAUUAUUGAUGUAUAACCAACAAGCAGACAACAACAACACUACACACUAAAUAAACAACUAUAUAUUAGAUAAAUAUAUAUGAAUGUAUAAACACCCGAUUUCCCGUAAACCUUCAACAUAAACUCGACAAGAAGAUCGUUGAAUAUGAAAUAAACUUGAAAUUUUCCAACCAGCAUACGGUGGGACCCAGAA